AUGAUGUUUCGUGACCAGGUGGGCGUGUUGGCCAGCUGGUUUAAGGGAUGGAACGAGUGCGAGCAGACGGUGGCCCUUCUCUCUCUGCUGAAGAGGGUGAGCCGGACCCAGGCCCGCUUCCUGCAGCUGUGUUUGGAGCACUCCCUGGCUGAAUGCACGGAGCUGCAGGUCCUGGAAGGAGAGGCCAACAGUCCAGUUCUUAUCAGUCAGUGGCAAGGUGAACCCAAGGAGCGCGUCAUCUCAUUGGUCCUUACACACCUCCCACUGCUCAAACCAGGCAACACUGAAGCCAAGGGCGAGUACAUGCGUCUGCUGCCACGCAUCCUGGCCCAUACCAUCGAGCACGGCCACCACCUGGAGGAGUCUCGCCAGCUCCUGUCCUACGCUCUCAUCCACCCUGCCACCUCUCUGGAAGAUCGUGCUGCUCUGGCUCUUUGGCUUAACCACCUGGAGGAGAGGGCCGCUGCUUGGGGAGAUUCACUGGAAAGACCUCCUCCUGCUGGGCCCCACCAUCACCAGUCCACACCUCCGUCCACUCUCACCUCAUCAGGAUCCACAAACACCUCUUCAUCGGGCAACCUGUACAACCUUCAUCACCAGCGCUACGGUUCAGAUGACCGUCUCAACGGCUGGCAAAAUUCACGGGAUUCAGGAGUCGGCGGAGGCUGGCAUCAGCAGCAGGGCUGUGAGAACGGACACCUCCUGCUGUACCCAUCGUCCUCUGUACCAGCAACCAUCAACACAGUUGGAACUAGUGGGGGAAAUAAUACUAUUCUUACAGGUGGGAGUGUAAGUCAGCAGCACAGCCCCCUAAAGCGCUCGGUGUCCCUCACCCCUCCAAUCAGUGGCCCCAACACCCAGUCUCUGGGCCACGUAUGGCUGUCCCAGGAGGAUUUGCGGACUGCAAGAGGUCCGGCUCCAGACCACGCUCCUCUCUCCCCCCAGAGCAGCAUCGCCUCCUCAGGCAGUGGAGGCAGUGAACAUCUGGAUGAUGCUGGUUUAGGAGGGAGUUCAGGUCUGCAUCGCAGCUCCUUCCAUGAGGAUGGGAGUGGCAUGAGGGAUGUUCCUGCAUGGCUGAAGAGUCUUCGUCUUCAUAAAUAUGCCGCCCUGUUCUCCACAAUGACGUACGAUGAGAUGAUGUCACUGACUGAAGAGCAACUGGAGGCACAGAAAGUCACUAAAGGAGCGAGGCACAAGAUUGUCAUCAGCAUCCAGAAACUCAAAGAGAGGCAGCACCUCCUGCGCAGCCUGGAAAAGGACGUCUUGGAGGGUGGGAAUCUACGCGCCCCAUUGCAGGAGCUCCACCAGAUGAUCAUGACUCCCAUCAAGGCUUUCGGUGAGGAGUCCUCCCUGCAGCGCCCCCUGCUGACCCCAGAGAGCAAGAGUCCUGCGCCCUGUCCCCAUCUCUCUGGGGGAGGAGGAGGGGAGGCAGAGUCUGGCACAAGUGUGAUUGCUGAUGAGGACCUACCUGGUCAGUUCACUCGUGUCAUGGGCAAAGUUUGUACCCAGCUGCUGGUGUCGAGGCCAGAUGAGGACAACAUCAGCUCCUACCUGCAGCUCAUUGACAAGUGCCUCAUCCACGAGUCCUUCAGUGAGACGCAGAAGAAGAGGCUGUUGUCAUGGAAACAGCAGGUCCAGAGGCUCUUCCGGUCCAUUCCAAGGAAAACCCUCCUUGACAUAGCGGGGUACCGACCGCAGAGGAGUCGUUUCGGUCAGUCCAACUCUCUGCCCACCACUGCCUGUGUGGGGGGCAGUGUGUCGGCCAGGAGGAGCCUCCACCAGUUCCAGAUGCCCUCCAGGAGCCUGCCAGCAGCCAGGCUGGGCCUACUGGGCAGCGGGGGGUUACUGGGCCCCACACCUCGCAGCUCCAGCAGCACUCCCACCUGUCCCAAACAGGGCAGACAUGGCCCGUGGUUUGCUAACCCCGGGGGAAGCAACAGCAUGCCCAGUCGGACCCACAGCUCUGUACAGAGGACCCGCUCCCUGCCUGUUCACACCACACCACAAACCAUGGUUACGUUCCAGCAAGCUGAUCAUCAGUUAUCAGCAACGGAGCCGGACAUCAACAAUCGCCUUGAGUCUCUGUGUUUGAGUAUGACUGAGCACGCCUUAGGAGAUGGGGCUGACCGCACGUCGACGAUAUGAAAGUGAAGCCUGUGUGAGAGCAGCAGGACCCCCCCACUCCCCACCCCCUCCCUGCAGCUGAUUGUGGAGCUCAACCAAAGGACCGGGCGGGAUCCAAG